AUGGCCAACGCAGGAGCCACCCGCCGUCACCGCCAACGCCGACACUGCCGCACCAACACCACCACAGUCUCCACCACCGUCAACACCAACACCACUGUUCCCCCAUCAUCACCCACCGUGGCCGAGCAGCAAACGGGGAACAGGAAGCGGAAAGUUACUGACAUUGAAGACGGUGCAGCAAGCACUUCAUCCAAGGGCUGGGAGGCGGCUGAUGGAGCUGUACGCAAAAAACUAAAGCGGCCAGUGAAGUGGCGAUCCGCGGUCCAGUACCUGAAGGGCCGCGAGGUGGGAGUGCGGGCUCCACCUGGUGUCCAGGACAUGGAAUACGAACUGAAAGGCUACGCUGUGCACAAGCUGCCCGAACUGCUGACCGAGAACGAACUGUCCCUGGGCACCGUCAACAAGGUGCUUGCAUCGCAGUGGCUGAACACCAGACAGGUGGUGUGCGGCACCAAGUGUAACACGCUGUUUGUGCUGGAUGUGCAUUCACACCAGAUCUCACAUAUUCCACUUAUGCAGGACCAGAAACCAGGGCAGCGUCGUGCCCACCCAGGUUGUGGCAUACAUGCUAUCGAGCUGAAUCCCUCCAAAACGCUCCUGGCCACCGGGGGGCAGAACCCUAACAGCCUGGCCAUCUACCAGUUACCAACCCUGGAUCCCUUGUGUCUCGGUGACCGUUAUGGUCACAGAGAUAGGAUCUUCACCAUCGCCUGGGUGAGUGACACACUAACUGUGAGCGGCUCUCGGGAUGGCAGUUUAGGUUUGUGGCAGAUAGAUCUCGACAUAUCCAGUAACACCAUCAACGGGGACAAUGAUGAAGAACUUCCUAUGUAUGGCCACAUAUUUCCGCGGAACAUCGAGGCCAUCCCUAGAGUGAGCACCAACCCUAGUAGUGGUAAGGUGCGGGCUCUGGCCUUCAAUGGCAGGAACCAGGAGCUGGGAGCAUUGACCCAGGAUGGUUACUUUCACCUCUGGAAAACUCGGAACAACCUGUCCAGGCUGAUGUCACUCAGACUGCCUUUCUGCAGAGACAAUGUUUGCCUGACCUACUGUGAUGAGCCAUCCCUGUUUGCUGUGGGCUCCCAGUCUCAUGUCUCCUUCUUGGAUCCCCGUCAACACCAGCAAAGCAUUAGGCCUCUGUGCUCUAGGGAGGGAGGCACCGGUGUGCACUCUCUGAGUUUCUACCGCAAUCUUGUCACAGUGGGCACAGGCCAUGGUUCUCUGCUUUUCUAUGACAUCCGUGCACAGAAGUUCCUAGAGGGGGAGCCCUCAAACAACAUGUACUGCUGUCCGGGAUCCUUGGGCACGAAGAUCAAGCUUACCUGUGGAAGAGGCUGGCUCAACCCUGAUGACCUGUUAGUGAACUUUGGUGGCUCUAGCAACAUUCCCACAGCAGUCUACACCCACUGCUACAAUUGGUCAGACAUGGAGCUUUUCGUGGCUGGGGGCCCCCUCCCAUUGGGUCUCCGUGGGCACUAUGCAGGCCUCUGGGUUUAA